AUGGAAUCAGAAGAAUUGUCUAUGCAUGAAGCUUAUAAGAAUUUUUGUUCAAAACAUCCUUUAAAAAAGUUGUCUAUGCCUAAAAGCGAUUUAGUUUGGUGUUAUUAUGAUAUUAAUAGUAGGAAUGACAAUAUAAUUGUAUUUUUACACGGAAUAUGUGGAACAGCUGGAUGUUAUUUUUAUCAAUUAGAUAAGUUAUCUAAUUUGGGUUUUAGAGUGAUUUCUUUUCAAUAUCCUUGCUAUAAUUAUUUAAAAGAUUGGAUAAAAAAUAUGUGUAAUAUUCUAGAAUAUUUAAAUAUUAAAAAAGCUCAUUUUUUUGCUAGCGAUUUGGGUGGUUAUUUGAUUCAACUAUAUGCAAAAUUAUAUCCAUCAAAAAUUCAAUCCUUAAUUUUAUGUAACUCUUAUAGAAAAACAGAUGAUUUUGCAGCUAUUGCUUCAUUAAGAAACAUAUAUGGAAAACUAUAUAGUUUUUUACCACAUGUUUUGUUAAAAAAAAUAAUAUUAGAAAAUUAUAUAUAUAUCAACUAUGUAAAUAUAGAUUUAAAAGAAAAAAAUUCUUUAGAAUUUAUGAGUAAUGAAAUUGAUUUAAUUUCUGCUUCAGAUUUAGGAGGAAGAAUUAGCUUACAGUUGUCAUCAGAUAUCAUUGAUAGAAUUUACGUUAAUGAUAAAUGCAUAACAAUUUUACAAACACUAAAUAAUAUGUAUUCAGAUAGUUUAAACGAAGAUAUGAAAAAAGCAUAUCCUUUCGCCAAACAUGCAAUCAUGAAAUCGGGUGGUGAUUUUCCUUAUUUAAGUAGAUAUGAAGAAGUGAACAUGUACAUUUUAGUUCAUUUAAGAAACAAUUGCAAUGCGAGUUUCGUCAAAGAACAAAUUAGUAAUAUGAGUUAUAUCCAUCAACAAAAAAAUGAAGAUGAUAAUGAACAGAUUUCGGAAAAAAAAAAGUAUACUGCACUUCAUUAUAGAACAAAUGAAAAUAACUAUAACAGUGGUUACAGUAAUUCUCAUAAUAAUGUAGAUAUACAUACUUAUAAGGAAAAAUAUAUAACAGAAACAAGUAAAUAUCAAAUAAUAAAUAACAAUAUUAAUAAUAAUUAUCAAAAAUAUGAUUCUCAUUUAUUUAAAAAUGGGAAUUAUACCAUUAAUGAAGAUAAUAGUAAUAAUAGGAAAAAUAAGGAUAAUUAUGAUGAUGAAGAAAAUUCUACAUUUUGUAAAAACAAUACUAGCAAUUAUUAUAUUAAACAAAACUCUUAUGAAGAACAAAAUGGAAAUCACUCAACUAUAAAUAAUUAUAUAAAUGAUAAUUAUAGCUUUUCGAAUAAUUCUAAUGCCUUUAGCAUAAAUCAUAAUGAUUGUAAUUACAUAGAUAAUAACGAUAAUUACAGAAAUAAAACUAAUGAUACAUGUAAUUAUAAUAAUAUUAACGAUGAAUAUACUUACAUUAAUACUAGUAAUGAAAACUUUAAUAAAACUGAUAAAAAUAUUAAUAUUUCAGAGGAGAGUUAUAAUAAAGAAUCAAUAAAUUAUCAAGAUAAUUUUAAUCAAAAUGAUGCAGGAUAUAACCAUACUAAUAUCAAUCAAAAUGAUAUUUUCUGCCAUUUUUGA